AUGACAGUACAGAAAGUAAAUUCUAUUGAUGAAUACAAGCAACUUAUUGGUCGUUCUGGACUUACUGUAGUUGAUUAUUAUGCUACAUGGUGUGGACCUUGUAAUAUGAUUGGACCAAAAAUAGAUGAUUUAAGUGAAAAGAUGAAGGAUGUAUCCUUUAUUAAAGUCGAUGUUGAUGCUAAUCCGGACAUUGCAGAUUUGGAAUCAGUAAGAGCAAUGCCAACACUUAAAUUAUUUUUAAAUGGAAGAGAAACUAAGUGUAUUGUUGGUGCUAAUUUUGAUGUUUUACAUCAGGCCAUAUUGAGUCAUAAGUAG